AUGGAAUUGGUGGAGGGCUUUUUCCAGAACUCUAGAGCCAUUGGAUGUUUGAUGAGCUUGAAGGUCCACUUCUUGGAGUCGAAUUUGGGAAAUUUCCCAGAAAACGUCGGACAUUUUAGCGAAGAACAAGGUGAAAGAUUACACCAAGAUAUAAAAGAGAUGGAAAGACGCUACCAAGGUUUCUGGGACAUUAACAUGUUGGCAGAUUACUGUUGGAACUUGAGGGAUACCAACAAGGGGCAUAAGAGAAAGGCGCUUAGAAGGACUUUUGAUCAAAACUGCAGACCCCAUAAACAAGUAGGCAAAGAUUGA